GAACUUUCACACCCGGAGUGGAGAGGACCAUUACAUCAUUAUACUAGGGUAAAGACAGUAGUGUCCAUCAGAUGAUGGACUAUUAGGUGGUAAAAACCAAGAGGUCUGAUGAGCAAGUCUAGGGUGUUCCGUCUGGGCAAGGCUACUCUUUGCUGAUUCAAAUAUUUCGGUGAAGCUCUGCAGAUACUUGCUCCGGCCCCAGCCAGGCUACUCCUGGUCAACAGCGGCAUUAAACUGUGCAGCAGUCUCAGAAGAGAAGGGAGACCUGGUCCUAACCUGGUAGUGCCAGUCCUUGUAGGCAGUGGCACAAGCCGUGUAAGGGUCCCUGGAGGAAUAACCCCUGGAGCAACCUCUACCAACAUUGGUAAUGGGACCCAACUGGAAGGAAUGACUGACUAUACCAGGAACCGACUCAAAGGUACACCUGAACUAAAGUUGGAUUUUAUUGCUUUCAUUCCCCACUUUGGCUGGAACAACAGUAUAAUUAACAUAUCACUGAUUUUGUAAUUGAAAAUUCGGUCCUCCUUCCCAAUGCAGACUGAGGAUAAUGGGAAGGUUCUGAGGAUAAAGGAAGAUGAAAUUUAUUGAUUUGCCAGCAAAUGAGGACAGUAGCAGACUAACUUCCUGAAAAUUACCGGCCUGCCUUCUGGGGAGAAACCAGGAGUAUUUAAGGAAAGUUUUGAGACUGGGGUUAAGAGGAACAAGCAAAACUAGCAAGAAGGCCCGCCAGCAUUAAUCAGUCACAAAGAAUGCAAAUGUAGUUCCCAGCAACGCAAGGGGAAGACAGGAAAAACAGUUUUAGAAAUCAUCUAUCAAAACAGCUUUAACCUUGUGGCCCUCUUACAGUUCAGAGGAUGUUACUUCUUCAUUAGCUUAUUAAGAGACAUUAUCCCGUGUACUAGUGACUUGGGAAAUACUGUUAUUAUAAAUUAUAAUUUCUGCAGUGAACCUAUAUUAAAAAAAAAUUACUGUACUGACAAAGACAAUCUCAGUCUCUGGGCAUAAUUUACCCGGAAAAAUGAGAAUUCUGUUAAGGGCUGCAGAGAAAGAGCAGCUAAAGGGAGGGGAGCUAAGCAAGGGCCAGGGCACCAUGAAGCCGCGAGAGAGGUGGACAGACGUGGAGGGACGCACCUAAGACCGGAGGGAAGGGGCAAAACUUAAGGUUAAGUGGUAGGAGGAGACAUGAAGUUGAGCGAGUCAGUCAGGGCCUAGGUACACAUCUGUCUGUGUGCAAUUUGCGGAGUUCGACCCCAGUCAGGGCAGCAGCCGGACCUGACACCCCACGUAACGCUGGCAGCCAGAAAAGGAGGCUGAGACGGAGGGAGGAGAGGCCGCCGCGGUCAGGGGUAAGCCACGAAUAAACAGCCGCGGGUAAUGAGACCCUGGCAGAGCCCACGAGCCCCACACGCGGUGAGCGGGGCCGGAAGUGGCGACCCUGAGAAGCCCGUCCCUUUCAGCCAAUGGCCGCGCGGUCCGCCGUCCGACGGUGACCGGAGCUGCACCUGAGGAGAAAAGGCGGGAGGCCCACAAGGCGCGAGAAAGGGCCACCCUUCCACGUCAUGAGGCGAGUUACCAGAGCAGUGUCCCCGAGGACCGGCGUCUCUUUCCGUUUCCCUGCCGCGGGUGAACUAAUCCGGAGACACCACGCCUUCAACCUGUGGACCGCCUCACGCCGGAAGCUGCCCCCAGUAAAGAUGGCGGACAGGCAACAAGGAAAAGCCUGAAGUAGGUGGGAUGGGAGGGGCCGGAAGGGGGCGUGUCGGGGCGUGUCCUGGCGGGCGAGGCCCGAAUGGGCGUGGCCACCCGGCCCUACUGGGCUUUCGAUCUGAGAGGCUCACAAAUGCGGCCAACCGGGUCCCUCCGUCGUCUCCUGGAGGCGGGUCACCACUGGCCGCGCCCCCGUCGGAUCACUCCCUCUUGGAAGGUUAUCACCUGAGUUUUGAAGAUUUGACUGGGGUUGGGCCACUAACCUCCGGUCCCUCUGAGAUGGAGGGCGCGCAGGAGAACCCCGCGGAGUCUGGUUCCUCCGUCCCGUGGUCCGAAGAGCCUGCUGGCUCGGCCAGGGUCUCCGAGGUGUCGCUUUCGGAGGAGUCGGAGGGCUGCACCCGGCCCCUGGAGGCGGCCCCCCAAAAACUCUGUGGAUAUUUAAGUAAGUUUGGUGGCAAGGGGCCCAUCCGGGGCUGGAAAUCCCGCUGGUUCUUCUUCGACGAGAGGAAAUGUCACCUGUAUUAUUCGCGGACCGCGCAGGAUGCUAAUCCGUUGGACAGCAUCGACCUCUCCAGUGCGGUCUUUGACUGCAAGGCGGACGCCGAGGAAGGGACUUUCGAAAUCAAGACUCCCAACCGGAUAAUUACCUUGAAGGCUGCCACCAAGCAAGUGAUGCUAUACUGGCUGCAGCAACUGCAGAUGAAGCGCUGGGAGUUCCACAAUGGCCUGCCUGCACCUCCUGCUGCCCCCGACGCUGCUCUGGCCGGGAAUGGGCCUGCCCUGUGCCCUGAGCUAGAGCAAGAGGAAGAGGAGCAGGAGGCGUUCCUGUGUCCAGUGAAAACACCCACUGAGCUUGUGGGCGUGGCAGCUGCCUGGCAGCCAGUCCAUGCCAAGCCCUCGGCCCUUCAGAAUAUUUCCCUCAAGCACCUGGGAACUGAAAUACAGGAUGGAAGCUUUGGGGAAUUCAGACGGUACCCGGUGCUGACCCUGUUCGGGUGCUUAUUCUCUCUGUGGACGUCAGAUGACUGGGGCCUUUUAGAAAGCAGAAUAGAUUGUUUGCUGGACUUGAAUUAG